UAGGACUGCCCUCCCUCUUUGUCUCUCCCUCUCUUUCUCUCUCUCUCCCUCUCUCUCUUUUCCUCUCAACUUAGCUCAGUCUCUCGUUAGGAGCACAGCAUCACCUCCGCCGGGUGCUGCAGAGUCGCCGUUGGAUUUGAUCCCUUUUUUUUCCCAAAAGAGGCACCCAAGUUUGAGGAGCUGUGCUGUCUCCCUCCCCAGGCCCUCUUCCCCCUCCCCCCCAAAGGAAGGAUGCCUGACGCCGGGCUGAGGAGGGCGCCCAGGUGGCUGGGGCUGCCCCACUUGGCCAUGCUGUGCCUGCUAUUGUACCUGGCGGGGGAAUGCGGGGCCAGGAGGGCCCCCAAAAUCCCCCGCUGCCCCACCACCUGCUCCUGCACCAAAGACAGCGCCUUCUGUGUGGACACCAAGGCCAUCCCCAAAAGCUUCCCCCCUGGCAUCAUCUCCCUGACGAUGGUGAAUGCAGCCUUCACGGAGAUUCCAGAGGGGGCCUUCUCCCACCUGCACCUGCUGCAGUUCCUCCUGCUCAACUCCAACACGUUCACCGUAAUUGCUGACGAUGCAUUUGCCGGUCUCUCACACCUGCAGUAUCUAUUCAUCGAGAACAACGACAUUCAGGCCCUGUCCAAACAUACCUUCAGAGGACUCAAAGCCUUGACUCACCUAUCCCUGUCCAAUAACAACCUGCAAGUCCUUCCUCGAGACCUCUUCAAACACCUGGAUAUCCUGACUGACCUAGACUUGCGGGGAAACUCCUUCCGCUGCGACUGUAAGAUCAAGUGGCUGGUGGACUGGAUGGAGAAAACAAACACUUCAGUGCCCGCCAUAUACUGCUCCAGCCCCUUCGAGUUCCAGGGCAGACGCAUCCAUGACCUCACACCUCGAGACUUCAACUGCAUAAGUGCAGACUUUGCAGUGUAUGAGACAUUCCCUUUCCAGUCUGUGUCUGUGGAGUCCUACGAAUUUAAUGGGGACCAGUUUGUGGCCUUUGCGCUGCCUGACACGGGGAUAUGUACACUCUAUGUGUGGGACCAUGUGGAGAUGGUCUUCAGGAAGUACCACAAUAUCACAUCUCGCUCCGCUGUCUACUGCAAGCCAGUAAUCAUUAACAACACCCUUUACAUGGUGGUGGCCCAACUGUUUGGGGGAUCCCACAUCUACAAGUGGGAGGAGGACCCUCAGCGCUUUGUAAAGAUCCAGGACAUAGACACCACACGUGUCCGCAAGCCCAACUUUGUGGACACCUUCCAGCUGGAGGGGGACUGGUAUUUUGCAGUGGCCGACAGCUCCAAGGCCGGCUCUACCAGUCUGUACCGCUGGAACAGCAACGGCUUCUACUCCCACCAGUCCCUACACCCCUGGCACCGCGACACCCACGUGGAGUACCUGGAGGUGGACGGUAAGCCCCGCCUCAUCCUCUCCAGUGCCUCACAGCCCCCGGUGGUCUACCAGUGGAACCGCAGCCAGCGCCAGUUUGCCUUCUACUCUGAGAUCACAGACAUGGCGGACAUCCAGAUGGUGAAGCACUUUCGGGUGCGCAAGGUCGUCUACCUGUGUCUCACACGCUUCAUCGGGGAUUCCAAGAUCCUGCGCUGGGAAGGGCAGCGCUUUGUGGAGGUCCAGACCCUACCCUCUCGCGGCUCCAUGGCUGUGUACCCCUUCACGGUCGGCAUCCGUCAGUACCUCAUCCUGGGGAGUGACUUCUCCUUCUCUAGGGUGUACCUGUGGGAUGACCUCACUCAACGGUUCCAGCCCUUCCAGGAGCUCAACAUGCGCGCCCCGCGGGCCUUCAGCCUGGUCUCCGUCGACAACAAGGACAUCCUCCUGGCUGCCAGUUUCAAAGGCAACACCUUGGCCUACCAGCACCUGGUGAUAGACCUGAGUGCCAAAUAAACCUAAAAAUGGAGCUGACAGCCCUGCUGCCUGAGUGAAGGAGCAAGUAGGCCAGUCAUGUAUAAAUCCACCUUAGUUAUGGGGUUUGUGUGUCUGUUAACAUGACUCCAAUUAACAUUUUUUUUUCUUUUGAAGAUAAGGGAGGGGCAUCUAAAAGAAAAGAGAAAAAAUCUACAUUAACCAUAUAGACUAUAUCCCAUUUUAAAAAAUGAUGACUACCACGAAUCAAAAGAUGAUGCUGUCAUUAUUCAUUAGAUAGACUUGUUAGUCAAAUAAUAACUUCAUACCAUCAAAACAAUCUCAUUGCUUCAACU